AUAUGGCGUGUAUUAAUACAUUUUCUGUAAUUAUGUGUUUUAAAUGAUGGAACUAUUGACACGUGGGUUCCUUGUAGAUGGUCGGAAAUUUUCUACGAAUGAACCAAACAUAGGUGGAGCAAUCAGCGAGCAUUUGUUUAAGCUGAUUCUCUCUUUAUUUUUUAUUGUACUACUUUUUUUUCUGCAAUUCGCAAUGUCGGACGAGGAAGAAGAUUAUAUGUCGGAUGCAUUCCUCAGUAAAAUUCAGGAUGUGAAGCCAGGAGUCAACAUGGUGAGGAGUGUGAAGGAAGCCAUCAGAAAGGAGGAAAAACAAAAGGAGAAGAAUAUCCAGAACCGUCAGAAGAGCUACAAGGAGCAGGAGAAGGAAAGCCGAGAAGCAGCUUUACAGAGCUCCAUCAGCACUCAGAACAAGGGCUUUGCACUUCUUCAGAAGAUGGGUUACAAGGCUGGCCAAGGCCUUGGAAAAGAGGGAGCAGGAAGGGUUGAUCCGAUUCCUCUAAGUAUUAAAGCAGACAGAGGGGGUAUUGGUCUUGAAGAGGUGAAAAAAAGAAAAGCUGAGGAGGAACUCCACCAUUAUCGGCAGAAAGUUCGAGCCAAACAGCAGAACGAGGCCAAGUCUCUGGAGGAUUUUAGGUCAAGAGUCAGAACAGAGAGAGAAGAGCGGAAGAUUGAAGGAGACCUGAGGAGGAGUCAGCGGUCUUGCGAGCAGCUUGACAAUCAGAAGGGCAUAACUGCUCCCAGAGAACCCUGGUAUUGGCCCAAAGGUGAUGUUGAUGAUGAGGAAGAUCCUGUUGAAGAGGAGGACGAAGAGGAAGAAAUUCCAGAGCUAAAUCCCUCUGAUAAACUGGAAAUUAUUACAUCCUAUUUACGAGGAGUCCAUUUUUACUGCUUAUGGUGUGGAACCACAUAUAAUGAUGAGGAGGACCUGGCUUCUAAUUGUCCAGGAGAUACAGCAGCAGAUCACGAAUGAUCCUGAUUAAAAGACAUUUAGUAGCUUCUUUCUUGAAAAAACAGCAACAUAUAUUUGUUUCUUAAAAUAUCUUUGACGUAAUAAAGACAAUGUUACAGUGAAAAAUCAGAAUCAACAGACUUUAGAGCAACUGCAUUUGAUAAUAUUAGUGGUAAUUUGUGAAACAUUCAUUUAUUGUUGAAAUCUACUGUCAGUUUUUAUGUCUGUUUUUUUUCUUCAAAAAUGUGACAAAGUUGCAUUUACAAUGUUUCUUUUAAAUGAUGGAGGAAUUUCUUUUAUGUGUUUCAAAAGCAGCUAUAAUAGAAGUAUUUUUUAGAAAUCUUGUGUUGAUGCAAUUUCGUUUUUGUCAUGUUAAAAAAUUGUUGUUGAAUUUGAGUUACUUAGAAAGAGGUCAUAUUGUUUAAAUUUUUUAAAAUACAUAAUUAUCUCUGCUUUUAGUAAUUCUUCCCCCUAAAUAUCAUUAUACUGGGCAUGUCUGUAAAUCAUUAUUAUUACCUUCCUUUCAUGACUGUUUUUUGUGCAUUUUUAUUACACUAAGUAUUCCUUUGGCGUUUUGAACUACAUGUCCCAUCAACUGGAACCGUUGUGAAUCCCUACUGGAUUUAUAUUUAUUUACUUCCUUUGAGCUGUGUGGCGUCCGCAUUCAUAAUUUACAAAAGCUACAAACAUAUUUUUACAAAGGUAAUACAAAUAAAGAGCCCAAUAAAUAUCUUC